CCAAUGUCCACAAAGUCAAAGAAUCCCGCGAAUGGAAAAAAGAAGUUACGUCUUGUAUUUUGUUUUAUCUGUAAUGGAAUUUAAAUACUCAAUACACGUGCACGAUCAUGAAUAAAUUAUGAGCGGAAGGAAUUUUCGUCACGUAGACGAAGAAAAGGGAUUCACGAAUGACUUUGUAAAAGCUGACAAAUCGUCCAGGCAAGAAAAUCAUGUUUUGGCAAAGCAAGCUAUUCUACGCGAAUUGAAUAAAGAUUUAUCGUUACGUGCCGAACGCAUAAAACUUCAGAGUAAAAAAGUUGUAAAUGUCAUUAGUAAUGAGGGUGUUGAAAAGGGGGCCGGCGAUGCUUUUUCAACCACUGUUAUUGUCCAGAGCAAAACAUUUGACAGCUUUGAGAAGGACAGGCCACAAAAGAACUCUACACCAUCCAAGAUCCCAACUUCAAAUGCAAGAAUAAGAAGACGUGAAAUUAAAGAGAAAUCUUCACACAUUGAUGUCAGGAAUUAUAGACCAGGCUAUACAUGGAAUCGAGGAGGCAGAUUGAAAGAACUUAGAAUAAGAUAUAUUGCCAGAAAAUUCCUUUAUCGUUGGAUGAAAAAUGUAUUUGGAAGAGUUCUUCCCUCCACAGCUUUACAACAUUAUAAGAGAAUCAUUAUAAGAAAAGUAUUUGAUGCAUGGUAUGAUGAUUGGUGGGAAGUUCGACAAGAAUGGCGAUUACUUAUUAGAGCUGAAUGUCAUUAUAGAUAUGUUGUUUGGGGGCGUAUUAUUGCUGCAUGGAAAGAAUAUGUUUAUCUUUGUAGAGUAAGAAAUGCAAAGAUGUGCAAGGCUAAGAGUCAUUAUAAUAAUACUAUUCUGAGUAAAGUUUCAAUAGCAUGGAAAACAUACAUAUUACACCAAAAACACAGUAAAAAAAAGUCUCAGAUUGCUUUAAGACAAAGACAAGAGGUUUUAGUCAGGAAUGCAUGGAGAAAAUGGUUGGCAGAGAUGUCUAAUUGUGAUCAUUAUCGUGAAAUGGAUUCCAUAGCUUUACAGUUCUGGUCAUACAGAUUACAAGCUGAGCAUUGGUUUAUUUGGAUUGAGAAAUUCCAAAAUCGUCUAAAAGAGAAACAGAAAAUGGAACUUGCUAGUAGAUAUCACCAACAGUCAUUGAAGAAGACAUGUUUAACAAAAUGGCUUGGAUAUCACAAACAACGUAGAGUGAAAAAAUCUAACUUGGAUUAUGGAAGUCAGUUAUAUCAAGUUUCAUUAAAGAUACGUUACUUAAAAUAUUGGAGAGAAAGGUUACGUUUCAAACGUUCUCAUGCUUCUUUAGAACUUCAGAUUUUAAAUUCUGGUAAAACGUUCCAGACAAGACGUUAUCUUGAAAGAUGGAAGAAAUUUGUUGAUAAGAAGAAAACUGAAAGAGCAAAACUACAGCAUGCUGAUCUUUUCUAUAUCAGACAUCUUUUGGGGUAUGGAUUCAAUGCAUUUCGACUCAACUCAGUUCAAGCGAGGAUUCAAAGAAUGAGAAAUACCAUGGCAACACAGUUACAUUACAGACAUGUUAUAAAUGAAUAUUGGAAUGUAUGGUUAAAUAGAUGUGAGAGAAACGAAGAGUUAGAUUUAUUACCUUUAACAUCAAAGGCUAGGAAGCAUCAUGGGAGGAUUUUAUUAUCUAAAUGUUUUAAAGCAUUGAACAACUAUAAAGAAUGGAGAAAUCACAGAAAGGCACAGUAUACUAGAGCAGAUACUCAUUACUAUCUACAUGAAUUGCCUAAAUAUAUGUUUUAUAUGAAAGUUUUUGUUCAAGUGUCUAAGACUGAGAAGGAAAAUAAAGUGAAAUCUCAACAGUUCUAUAGAGAGAGUGUUCUGUCUAGAUUUUUCUGUUUCUGGUCUAAUUCCACAGAACAAAGUAAAGAAAACAGACUAUCAGAAAGAAUGGCUAUUUUACAUUAUGAUGGUACUGUAUUACAUAGAUUCUUUGAAAAUUGGAAAUUAAGAACUGUGGAAGUGCUUGAAGAUCAAGUUAAAGAGGAACAAGCUGUAGAGCAUAGUUGUUGGACAAAUUGUCAGAAACAUUUUCAAGCCUGGAGAGACCAUGUUAGAGAUGUCAAGAAAAGUGAACAAAAUGAAGGUAAAGCUGUACAGCAUAGAUAUCAGUGUUUAAUAAAACAACAUUUUAAACAGUGGAGACAGUAUCAUGCCAGUAGACAAGAGAAGACUAGAUUAAAAGAGAAAGCUGAUAAGUAUUAUAAGAAGAAAGUAUGUAGAUUGAUGUUUAUUCAUCUUAAACUCUAUAUACAACAAACACGACAGAUAAAUACUGCUGUAAAAAACAGAUACCAAGUUAAAUGUCAACAACUUAAAAGUAUGACCUUGAAGCAAUGGUAUAAGAAUGCUAAAGAAGAGAAAGAGGAGAGGUGUAAAGAUAAUACAGCUGAUUUACAUCAUAAUAUACAUCUUAUACAUAGAGUAUUUACAACAUGGCAUAGGUAUGCUGUAAUACAUUCAUUUAAAAAAACAGAAUCUAAUAAACUAGAAUUAGAAGCUAGAGAACAUUUAAAGAGAGUGAUAGUUAAACAGUGUUUUAAUAAAUGGUGUGCUGCUAAAGAUAGAAAUAUAUUAAUCAAACUAAGAUUACAACAAGCAGCACAACAUCAUGAAAAUAAAACCUGUGAAAAAGUUAUAAAAGCCUGGAUAGAAUCUACACAGCUCAGUAGACGUAAAAAUUUACUAGCCAGACAAUCACAGUGGUUUUAUAAUGUCCGUUUAACAGCUAAAUAUUAUCUACUGUGGAAACAAUAUCUGAUAGAAGCGGAAAAAACACAAGAGAAAACUCAUAUAGCCUUAUGGCACUGGAGUUUAAAUCUACAAAAAAAGGUUGUUGAAGUAUGGAUUCAGUAUAUUGGUGAGAGAAAGCGUAAGAAAGAAAGAAUAGCUACAGCUAUGAGUAAUCGUAGAGCACGGUUACUACGUAAUGGUGUUUCACAGUGGUUAAAUGUUGCUGAUGAUUUAUCUAAAAUGAGGUCCAAGUUUGCUGCUGAGCAACAAGCAAAGACAGCAUAUGACAGAUAUCAGCUACUUCAGAAGUAUGCCUUACACUGGAAACAUGUUACAAUCAAGAAUAUCAGAAUUAGAGGUGGACCGAGGCCACUGACCAUUAAAGAUCCCUCAAAAGAGUUAGCAGUUAAUCAGUUAAAGCAUAUACUUCCCUCAAGAGAACCUCCAUCUAUCUUCCCAGCAUCAUCUAGAUAUUCAGAUCUUCCAGCAUUAAAAAUGGCGUCUGCCUCCCCUUGCCUCCCAUUAGACUCUAGAAAAACUACCAGUGAAAAUGUUCAAUACCAAGAACCGUCCCAGUUAAUUCGACAACGACCCAAACCUAGACGUCCAGCUUUUCUAGUUGAUUCUCUGAAGAAAGCUGGUUUAUUUUCAUCAUUAAUUGACAAUUCACCACAGAUUUGUGAAGAAGAAAAUGAAGAUGGAGAAGAUAAUGUUAGGCCUGAUCAUGUACAGCCAGCCUCAAACUUGGUUGAAAAUGUUGUAAGAGAACAAAUGGUGUCUGUUGUAGCAUCUCCAUCUAAUCAUGCAGUUUCUUCAAAUCAAAGACAUCUGGAAUUGUCUCCCCCUGAAAACAACCAAUCAACACCUCAGAAUGUUACCCAGAAUUCUCAGUAUGCAGAAGGCAGGUGUAGCAUCUCUCCCAGUAACCAAUAUUCCUUAACAGUAGAACAACGAAUAUUACAUUCAUCUCCUUUAUCAGGCAGACAUGAUUUAAGACAGUCAACCCUUGCCUUAUCAACUUUGUCUGGUGGCCAUGACACUUUAAGACUUGAAACAAAUGAAAUAACUCUAUUAAAACCAGGUGACUUUAUGAAAAGCCUGAAUUCUGAUAAAGAAGGAAGUGUUUCAGUAAGUCAGGAAAAUGCACCAACAGAAAGAGAAAGAGAGAAAGAUAUGACUUGUCAUGAAGAAUUGAUCUAUAUAAGAAACACUCUUAAAAUAUUGGAAGAGGAUCAAAAGCGAUUAAAGAGUUUACAAAAACAAUGUAAACAUUUAUCUAGGUGGUUAAAAGAUGAUGUUAAGAUUGAUGAUGAUGAUAUUGAUGAGCAAGAAGUACAACAUGAAUUACUAGAGGUGAAAAAAGAAAUAGCAGUUUUAAAAGAUUCUGUUGGUAAAGACAAGAUAAAGUGUCAGAGAUUGGUAGAAAGAUCUAAAAUACUGGUUUCAUUAUUACAAACUUGAUACACAGAUAUAGAUAAUGGAUAUUACUGUGCAUUUAAUUAAACUUAGAUCUGUAUUAGUCCAUGCCGAAACGACGCUACAGGGAGGGACAUUAAAAUGAUCUCUCUUGUUCCAUCCCGGUUUUAUACCAGGAAUAUAUCUCAGGAACCAAUCAAAAUCAUUGUAUACAAAACUUUGUAUACACAUCAGCAUAUUAUAGUAGUAGUUUCUUUUUUAAUUCUGAAACUUAGCAUAACUUCAUUGGCUAAUUAAAUGGGUAGAUUGAACACUAUUAUAUGUUGUUAAUGUAGAGUAAAUGCCAAUUUUUGGAGCCAUCUCCCAAAGCGUAACAACAGCAACCAGCAAAGCAAUUGGCUUUAUCUGCAAUCAGACCAUGGAUUUCUACAAAUAAUUAAUUGCCAAAAUUAUUCUUUGUUUGCUUUAAUUGAAAUUCUUCCUCUGAAGGGCUAAAAACAUGAGAUAGAACAGUUUCUAAUUGUGUCACAUUGAAUCUUUGUGCACAAUGGUCAACACAACCAACAUUCAUUUCUAUUAGUGUAUUUUGAUUAGAGUGCUAAACUAUAUUAUAGUUAAUAGUCUAUUAUGAUCAUUAUUUUUCUCUGUUAUAAAUAUGAAAGAAAAUGGGGCUUAACUUAAUUAUUAUAAAUAUUAAAUGUAUUUUUGUUACUUGCUAGAAGCUGUUUUGUUAAUGUUUAGUACAAUGUAUAUUAUCUGUCCAUUUUUUACACAAAAAUCUUUUGUUAGAAAGUAAAAAUGUAACUUUAAUACAUUAUUUUGUCAUACAUUAUACAAAAUAUUUAUUUUCUUAUGUAUUAAUAUGUAAAAUAUAUUUUAUGUAUAUAGUGAAUUAUCCCAAUUGUUAAUGUAUAUAAAAAAUUAUCACAAGAAUAUUUCUCAUUUUUAUAUGUCAACAUUUGAAAGGGGGUAUGGUAGUCUGGCAACAACUGAUCUUCCACAUUAUACAAGAAAUAACUCUAAGUGCACGUCAAUAUCAACAAGGGCAGUAACUCUGCCGAUCCAAUUUCAUAUAAUCUGCUUAUGAACUGUUGACUGUAUUUCUGUAAUUAAUCUGGUCAGGGAAUAAAUAUUAUUGAUUUAAAAAUAAUCUGUAAUUACCGAGAUCUCACAAUCAGGACAGGCUGAGUCAAGUAGUGCUGACCUGUAAUUCAGUAAAAUCAUUCUUUAGGAAAUUAACAAAAUGGAUUUAUUGGUUCUGAUAAAGUACUUAAUCAAAAUAAUCUGCUUUUAUCAUUGUAUUAAACAACAUACAACCCAUAUUGAUUUAUAGUUUCCUUAUCCUUCAGAUAAUCAAUAGUGAUAAAAUUACCAUUUAAUUUAUAGGAAUCAGUUAUUAGCAGAGAAUAUAGAUUGGUGAACUAUCUGUCCCCAAGUGACAAAUAUUAGACUUCUAAUGUUUAAAGUAGCAGUGUGUGUUAUCAAUUCGUAUAACUCAAAUUAUAUCCGAUCUUUGCAUAGUAUAAAAAAUAACAUUACCAUUCACAGCUUGCUGUAUCCUAAAGCCUCUACAGUUUCUCAAACAAGUGUCAGAAAACCCCACUUCUUAAAUUAGUCAUCAACCAAACCAUUUUCUUUCAUAUUGCUAUCCUUACCGAGUGUUGUUUUAUUUAAGGCAGGACUUAAAAUGCUAGAAUUUCUCAAUUAAUAUGCAUAUUUAACAAUUGUCUAAUUAAUGACAGAAAAAUAUUUCAUAAGCUUGUUGCCACUUUAAGGAGGGUUAUUUCUUGAUUUCUUGAAUUGCAUUUGGUACCCAAGUUUUUGGACAACUUACUAUCUAUAGAAACAUACUGAACGCCAGUCUAUAUGGCAAUGAUAGUCCAUAUUAUUGGUUUUAUUAUAAAAUAUUAUCUGACAAUAAUGUAACCUAACAUCUGUUUUAUAAUAGAUAAUGAUGUCUAUUGCGCCAGAAUUAUUGGUUUCUGUGUGUGAAGGGUUCUAUAAUGUCUGUUAUUCGAGCUAUUGCAGGGUUUGACUGUCUCCACAGUCUGCAUUAGUGAUUGAUAAUGUACCGGUAUCACGCUAUAAGUCAAUUCUCUUCUUUGGUGAAAUGUACGAAAUCUGUGAUGAGUCAUUAUAGUUACCAUAGCCCACUGAAGAAUUUUCCUGUCAUUAUAGGGUACUUUUCUUUGAGAACAUGUAUCUAUAUUGAGAACAUAAUACAUUACCUUCUCGCAUAUACUUCCAGAGCUUCGGAUUUUAUUACGUUAUUGACCUUUGUUAAUGUAAUUGAUGUUAGAUUCUACACAAAAUAAUGUCCCUAAUUUCUAAUCGAAUUCAAAUGAAUUAAAUCAAUUAAUUUUGUUAUAACGGCGCACUUCCUGCAUAUAAUUAUAUGGCAUUGACCUUUGGUUUCUCUGGCAUCAUUAAAACAAUGAAAUGUUUCCCUUUUCAUUAGGAUUUGCAGAUUAGUUAUACAGACAAAAUAUGCAUUGGAAAUAAACAUUUACAUGUAUUAUGGAAAUAAUAUUAGGAAUAGAGUAAGCUAAUAAAUCUGUCCUUCAACCACCUGUAUGUUAUAAAUAUUUAUAUAUUAUGUUGAAGAUGGAUAGUGUAUUUUUAUAUUUGACUAACACAAUAGAACGUUUAUCUCUAGGAUACGAACU